AUGGAUAAUUUCGUGCAGCGGGUUCGAGAUAUACGCAUAGGCGACAAGUAUCAAUUGCUGCGGAAACUGGGAUCGGGCUCUUUCGGUAAAGUCUAUCUCGCAGGUCGCGACGUCGACUGUGGCAAAGAGGUCGCCAUCAAACUCGAACACUACACUGUUGAGCCGUCGCUCCUCGAUGAAGAAGUCGAGAUUUACCAAGUUUUAGCGGGCCAUACAGGCUUUCCCCGGGUAUACUGGCAUGGACGUCUACAUGAUUUCACAAUCAUGGUGUUCGAACUCCUCGGGCCUAAUUUGGAGGACUUGUUUCGAUAUUGCGGAAACCAAUUCUCACUCAAGACCACGUUAAUGCUGGCUGAUCAACUACUUCGUCGAUUUGAAGUCUUUCACUCGCUUCACUUCCUUCACCGAGACAUCAGGCCCGAAAACUUUCUUUUGGGAAUGGGUCGACGGGGGAACGUGGUCUACAUGAUCGAUUUGGGUCUGGCGAUCUACCAUCAACCCCAGCGCUUGGGCUCUAGUAGUGCUGCAGCUAGUGACGAUCCCGCUUGCAGCUCGCAGUUGUUGGGCACGUCCAGAUAUGCGAGCAUCAGUGGGCAUUUCGGCGUUGCGCAAUCACGCCGCGACGACCUAGAGUCACUGGGAUAUAUGCUGGUGUACUUCAUGCGUGGAAAACUCCCCUGGCAAGGUCUCCGAGUUCCGGAUUGCGAGGCUAGAUAUAGGCGUGUUUUGGAGAUGAAGCAAACGAUCCGUGUGAGUGAUCUUUGCGCCGACCUCCCGAUCGAAUUUGCCGACUACAUGAACUAUGUGCGCAACCUACGCGAUGAUGACAUUCCCGACUAUCGCAAUCUUCGAAAGAUGUUCAGCAACCUUUUCCACCAACAAGGGUUCGAGUACGACAAUGUCUUUGACUGGACAAUUCGGAAAUUCCAGAGGCUGGAGGCUGGCCUCCAAGAGCCCCUUGCAUCGAAUGAUGUGGACGAAGGGGAAGGAGAGGACACCGUGAAGCCAUCAGAUUAUGGAGUCAAGGAUCAGACUAUCAGACUGGCCAAGUCAGCGGAUCUGCAAGGGUAA